AGGGAGAGGCGGCUGGAGAGCUAGGGCCCGGGCUGAUUGGAAUGGGAGCUUGAAAAGUCUGGAGGGGAUUCUCUAGACCCAUAGGGGGCAGCCGGAAUCGGCAGCCGGAGGUGCGGGGGCGGAGAAAGGGUGGGGACCGGCCCCGCGGGGGGCGAUGCAGUAGCUGCAGCGGCGGCCGCAGGAGUUUCCCACAAUGCAGCGCGGCGCGCUGUCCCCGGUGCUGAUGCUCAGCGCUGCCCCGGAGCCUCCGCCGCGCCCGCCUCCCGCCCUCCCCCCGCCCGGCCCAGGCCCCCGCCAUGGCUCGGCUCGGCCAGGUCCUGCCCCAGAGCCGUCGGGGGGCCUGGCUGCGGCGCUCGACAGCAGCCUGCGGGCCGCCGUGGCGUUCAAGGCGGAGGGCCAGCGCUGCUACCGAGAGAAGAAGUUCCGGGAAGCCAUCGGCAAGUAUCACCGGGCACUGCUGCAGCUGAAGGCGGCGCAGGGGGCCCGCCCUGGAGGCCUGCCCGCCCCCGCCCCCGCCCCCGGGCCUGCCACCAGCCCGGUGCCAGCCCACCUCAGCGAGGAGCAGCGGCGCCUGGUGGAGAGCACGGAGGUGGAAUGUUAUGACUCUCUCACUGCUUGCCUACUGCAGUCGGAGCUGGUGAACUACGAACGCGUGCGCGAGUACUGUCUAAAGGUGCUGGAGAAGCAGCAGGGCAACUUCAAGGCCACCUACCGCGCCGGCAUUGCUUUCUACCACCUGGGUGACUACACACGCGCGCUGCGCUACCUGCAGGAGGCCCGCAGCCGAGAGCCCACAGACACCAAUGUCCUCCGCUACAUCCAGCUGACCCAGCUGAAGAUGAGCCGCUGCAGCCUCCAUCGGGAAGACAGUGGGGCUGGGGCCCAGGCUCGGGAUGUGGUGGGCUGAGGCAAGGGGCCACCUGCUCCCACCCUCCUGCCUCGCCAUGGAACUUCCUCCACUCAUGUUUGCUGAUAAAGCCUUCAUCUCUGGUGACCAUAA